ACCCAGGCCAAAAGUAUUAAGACUACAUCGCUAAACGAAAAGCAGCGAUAGCUGCUAUAACACAGAGGGGGUCUAAUUACCGGACUUUGUGCUGGUGCAGGCUACACGUGAGUCGGAAGCUGUUCCCUACCGGAGGCGCGCGUGCGCUCUAACCACAGCACCGACGGCUUUGCAAAGUGGCAGCUCAGGGAACUAUAGACAUCAGUCUAACGUGCAGCUCCACUGGAAGACACGCACUGUGCAUCAUCUCCCUCAGCCGUCCGUGUGUGGGUCGUGGAAAUAACAACCAUUCCCCAAAGAAGCUCAGGAGCAGCAGAGAAGUGAUGGAUGAAAGAAUACCGCAUUUACAGGACAGACAGUUUAUGGAGCACGCAGAAUUCUUGGGGGUGGAUUACCCCUCUCUCUACAUGUGCAAAUCCAAAAGAGGAAUAAAACGAGAGGAUGGUGGGAAGCAGGACGCAUACAAGUUACCACACCGGUUAAUAGAGAAGAAGAGGAGAGACAGAAUCAACGAAUGUAUUGGCCAGCUAAAGGAUUUGUUACCCGAACAUCUGAAGCUGUCGACGCUCGGGCAUUUGGAGAAAGCGGUUGUCCUGGAGUUAACGUUGAAACAUUUAAACGCACUGACUGCUGUCACUGAGCAGCAACACGAGAAGAUCAUUGCUUUGCAGAAUGGGGACCGGUCUAUGAAAUCUUCCAUACAUGCAGAUCUGGAUGCGUUCCACUCCGGGUUCCAGGCCUGUGCCAAAGAGGUCCUGCAUUACCUGAGUCAGUUUGAGAACUGGACGGCACGAGAGCAGAGGUGCGCGCAGCUCAUCAACCACCUUCACAAGGUGCUGGCGCAGUUCCAGUCCGGCGCGCUGCCGCUCCAGCACCAGCUACCCGCCGGGGACGCACAGGAUGGGCACAAAGCCGACAGCCAAGCUAAUUGUGUCCCGGUCAUCCAGAGGACCCAAGGCGGGGAGCUCAACGAGAAUGACACAGACACGGACAGCGGAUACGGGGGCGAAGCUGAAAAGAGCGAUGGCAAAGAUAAAGAAUGUGAGCGCAAUAAGGCGCAGGGACCCAAGGCAGUGAAGAUCAAGCAAGAGUUUGGAGAUGAUCGCGCUGCCAAAAAACCAAAGAUGAACUGGCCUGGGAACGGGUUAGGGGGCACAGACCCCACUAGGCCCGAUCUGGCGUUUAUGAACUCUCUGAUGGGAAUAAGCGGUGUGGGACAGCAGACACCCAUUUGCAUGCCUUUCUACUUCAUCAACCCCUCGGCCGCGGCGAGUUAUAUGCCUUUUUUCGACAAAAGCAACAUUGAAAAGUACAUGUACCCAGCGGCGGCCGCCCUGGCAUCCCCGUUCCCCUGGCUGUACCCUGCACACGCGUCAGCAGCGGCGGCCGCGGCUGCUGCUGCCGCUUUCCCCGGCUUGUCUGUGCAAGUUGGAGCCUCUUCUCAGUCCAAGGACUUCCAUAGUCCAGACAGCGACGAGUCACACGAGGCUGAGUUAGGUUCGCCGGAGGAGCGCGAGGAUAGUCCCGCGAGUGACUACGGGGAGGAUGACGUAGCCGAAACGUCCCAAGAGAGCAAGGACAGUCCUCAUGAUCAGUUUUCUGCUUGUCAAACGGGCUAAUUUCGUUGUCUGUGUUACCUUUCCGUGCAUUCUGCUGAGGACUUAAUGUAUUUCCUUUUUUAAAAGUUAGGCUGGUUAUAAAACGAGGUUUCACAGAAGAGGUUCUCUUGUACAAUAUAUUGGCGAAACAGGGGACAGUUGUGACUGAGUGUGCCUUUUGCACUUAUGCUAGAUUAGUCAAACUAAAAUAUUAUCGACAAUGAUUGAAAUUAAUACACGGCUGUGUUGUGCUGGAGUUAGUUUUUUAUCCUCUUUGAUAAAAUAUUUUGAAGUGGCAGCAUUGGUGCCAACACUUUGAGUACUACAACAGUGCGCAAUAUCCCAAUCAGCGUGUCUCUUUGGAUGUAUGAAGUUGCAACUGACCCUCUGCCAAGGUUAUUUAAGAGCUUUGCUGACUCUGACUGUAAAUAUUAUUACCUGGAAGACUGAUUCAUUAACAUGUAAAUGGGCUAUAAAAGAAGCACCCCCGGAAGUGGAACGCCCACAGUAGGCCUACCUCAUUCCCAACUUUGCAUGGGGUUGGCUGAUUGGGAGGCAUAUGACUCUCCCUCCUAAAGAUGAAAAAAGAUUGGUAUUUCCAUCAUUAACAAUACAUACAAAGAACAGCUACUUUAACAUAAUUAAGACGAUAAAUGGUGAAUUAUGAAAGGUAUUAUCCCUGGUUGCCCUCAACUCAUUUUACACAUUUACAGAGUUUACUCUGGUUUCAUUUACUUGUUUAUUGUUGUGAGGAAAGAAAAAAAAAAAACAGCAAUCCCAGAAAUCAUUCAGAAUAAUUGAAAGAAGAAACCCUUCAUUUACAAGGGGCUGCUUGACCUGAUAUUGUACGCCCUGAAUGAGGCAUUUCAGCACCGAGAUGCGGUGACCUCCUGUACCUCCAAGAAACAUUGUAGGAUAGCACCUUAUAGAUCUUUGAUAUUGAAUGUACCUGUAUUUUCCCAGCUGUUAAAGUUUGUAUGUAGGAUGAUCUUUACUCUUUGAGACGUAAAGUGCACUUUUUCUGCUCUUACUCUCCCAAACAGUCACCUCAUAACUUUGAGAGUCAAUCACUGUAGUUCUCUUAGAACCUUUUUAUUGUGUUGAGUUGUCUUGAAAUAAUAAAAAAAAGAUUUCAUUUAAAAAGAAAAAAAAGAGAGCGUUACAACAGGCUUUGUGAUGAUUUCAUGCAGUAAAGUGGUCAUUAAGUCAUUUGCCAGAUUUGACAAAACAUUGCUUAUUUCUGUCUCUUUCAAAGCAAAAUGAUUCAAAUCAUAAUCAGAUUUGAAAAACCCUGCACCCCAUGACACACCGGACUAUCCAAGAUUCUGUGUUAUACACUAUCAUUAUUUAAAAUCUUGCUUUUCAAACAUUUUACAAAGGUGGGAAAGAAGCUGUGGUCAUGUGACCAUCACUUAUGAUCAUUGAAGUUUUAGGAACUUUUAACUUUAUCUUGGCCUGUUUUCUAUGAGAUUAAUUCCUGAAAGUAUAGUGAUAUUCAGCUUUUUUAAGUUUCACAUGUCACCGAAUAAACAGACGAUUUUCAUUGUAUUUUGCAUACAUGACAUUGCUUUUGUAGUUUACUUCAGCUGGUUUUGCCUCAAAUCUGUUAUCAACUGUUAUAUAAAGUGGCAUGUGUGUCUGUAAAUAUUCUUUUGUGAAUAUACCACAAAGUAUACAUGUCUAUGUCAAUGUUGUAGAAGUCUAUGGAUUUUUUAAAAGAUUUACCUGAGCAACUGUUGCACAUUUCGUUAAUGCUUUACACAUAUGCUGUUAUAAAUUAUUGCUGAUGAGUUGUAAAAUAAAUAUCAAAACUAAA